AUGGCUGUUGCAGAGGAUACUAGGCCGACGUCAUGGGUUUGUAUCUGCCGGACCGGUCCUGGCAAGUAUCAUCAAGCGGAAGAGGAGGCCGAGAAACGCCGAGGUCCGGAUCCGAAGCUACGAAAGUCUAUGGUCUCUUGGUACAGCCUCUUCAUGACUACCUACAUUCCCCAGGUGACAGUCAUGUUGAAGGUCUUUAUGGGUCGGUUCGAUGUGAGGACGCUCUUGGCCGCCCUCACCCGUGAGCCGGAGGGGACAGUCACUUUCGAGGACCAAUCCGAUAAAGAGGAGACCUGGUUUGAUUUCUUCGCAGAUGGUGGUGACGGUUUCGAUUCUAGUUAUACGGUUGGACGCUUGAUAGCUCAGCCGUACCUGGGGGUUGAUGUGUUCAAGGAUGACCAUGUGGCUGAGAAGGUGAGUAAGCUCACUAUCAGCGGUAUGUCUAUGAAAAGCAUGGCUAGUUCGGGAGAAGGUAACAGCUCUGAGUCCCUCACACUGCAACGACAUAACUCGAUGCCUUUACUUGGGCAUGUUGGGAAUCGUGUGAGAACAGACAGUGUCUCUUCUGAGAUGCACACUGUAGGCCUAGAAAGAAUUCCGUCAUCCGACAGUGGUACUGGCCACCGUCGAAUCAUGCUCCCUCGAGCCAAUGUGGUCUUUCAUGGUGGAGACCUCGCCUAUCCGGUACCCAGUCAUGAAGCUUUCGUUGACCGACUAAUACGUCCACUCGAAUGGGCACUGCCUCCUCAUCAAGAGGCCCCCACUGGGGUGUCCAAGGCCUCGGCCAUCGCUGAUCAGCCACAGUUCUUUGCCAUUCCUGGCAAUCAUGACUGGUACGAUGGUCUGGAGGUCUAUCUACAUUGGUUCGUGGGCCAAGACCAUCUAGCUGGGUGGAAGGUCCCUCAGAAGAGCACGUACUUUGCUGUGAAGCUAUCCCAUGGACCGUCCACAAUACGAGUAUUUCUGUGGCCUUCUGGACUCCGCGGCAAGGUCGACACUGAAGACCGCGUGGUCGUCAUCACCCAUAGACCAAAUUGGGAGUGUGAUGUUGUUGAGCGCAGUAGAACUGGCUACUUGGUCAGCGUCCUACUGGAUAAGAUCGGGGAGCCUCGUUUAGGCAUGCGGCUAGCAGGGGACACUCAUCACUAUUCUCGAUACAUGCCUGCUGAUGGCAGCAAAGGAGUUCCACUGGUAACUUCAGGUGGAGCCGGUGCUUUCUUACAUCCUACCCACUUCCCUCCGAAAGACAUAUUAUGCAAAGAAUCGGUCGACAAGCGAAUCGCCAAGCUCAAUGCUAACGAGUUCGCCUAUGCUGCUACAGGAUCUGGCCAGAAGAUUCCUACGGCUCUCUCAGAGCCUCUCGGAACAGGGCAAUAA